AUGUCUGAAACAUCGAUUGCAGAUACAGCGAAUAUACUAUCUCAGAGUCAUUCUGUUAUGUACCCAGUCUAUUGUAAUGAUGAGUCUCAAACAGCCCAGAAAGAGAUUUCUCUUGGGACACUACACGAUCUUCUCUUGCAAAUAAAUUCAAGACUUGCAGUCACUGAAAACAAUAACACAUCACUCGACAAAAGGUUGUGUGAAAUUGAAAAUAAAAUGACACAUUUUCAGUCUAUAACUGACUCCAUAACAACACUGAAUGAAAGGGUAAACAAAUUUGAGAGUGAGGUCAAGGAUGUGAAGCAGAUCGUGUCGUCCAUUGAAGCAAGUGCCCAGUCCAUGAGUGAUAUGUUUGAGAACGUAAAAUCUCAUGCAGACCAAGACCUGAGAUCAAUUCGGAUUGAUACAGCCAAUUUAGACAAGAAAUUAACUAGUGAUAUUACGGAGCUGAGCAACGGUCAACGAGAAUUAGAAAAAUCAGUGAUCGAUUUAAAAAGUAGGUCCAUGAGAGACAACUUAGUGUUUACCGGAAUACCAGAAAACAGAGAGGAAAACUGUGAAGAUGUUUUGCGAGAUUUCCUAAAAACCAAGUUAAAAAUCCAUGACGAAAUCCCUUUUGAGAGAGUUCAUCGUUUAGGAAAACCAGAUGAGUUCAGAACCAAACCAAGGAACAUUGUGGCAAAGUUUAGUUUUUAUAAAGACCGGGAAUUUGUUCGCAAACGUGCCCCACUCAAACUCAAGGGAUCCAACAUUUGGGUGAAUGAACAGUUUCCACCGGAGGUAGAGGAGAAACGGCGUAAGUUGUACCCAGUUAUGCGCAAGGCGAUGAAAGAAAAUAGACGCGUGAAACUUGUUGUGGACAAAUUGUACAUAGAUGGUAAGAUGUAUGAACCCAACGCUACACAGGAACAUGUCAACGCCCCGAGUUAUCCAACCCGCAGGAUGUCCGAGAGUUCCAGGAAUACACCGUGGACGUCCGGAGCGCGCGGCGGACCUGCCCUUGAUGACAACCCUACUCCACCCCCGCGUGGAAACAAACGUGCAAGGAAAUCAUCUACACCGACGAAAUAG